ACGUGCGGUCGAGCGGCCAAUGAGGCGUCUAGGUAUUUAUAUGUCUAUGAUAAACACCACAACAAACGGAACGGUCAUUUGGGGCAUUUUUUAAACAUUUUAAAACACGCGCAGAACGUUUGUCGACGGUGUGCAGACCUAAAAACCAAAAAGAAAGAAAUAUGAAUUUCAAUGUGGAGGAUCACUACCGAUCGGUUUUUAAAGAACGACUCUUAUCAGGUAUAAAAGAUUUGGAGAAGGAUUCGGCGAACAUGAGGACAAGCGCGAUGCUGCUGGCGGAGGCGCGCGAGGAGAACGAGAGAGUGAACCGAGCACUGCAAGACCAGGAAAAGGAGUCCCAGAUAAGGCGGGAGCGUUUGAGAGAAAGAGCUGAGCAUGUGAAAAAAGACCAGGAGAAACUCAGGCAGUACAAACUGGAUACGGCUAAGGAGCUGCAAGAAAAUGAGGGCAGACGGUUACGUGCCAUACAAAAAACAAAGGAAGAGGAAGCUAAAAUCAAAGAGAAAGAAGAGAACAUUAAGAAACUAAUGACACAGUAUGAAGCCUUGCAGGCGCAAAAGGAGCAACUGGACCAAUGUAAACUACUGGUUAAAGUCCAGGAGAACACUGCAAGGAUGCCUGGAAAGUUUGAGAACACUGGCCGACACCGUGGCUGUCAUGGCGCACAGUCCAUCAGAAAGGAAAUUCUAGAAAGACAAGCUAAUGAGAAAGAGGCAGAGCACAAAAAGCUGGAACUGAUGAAGGACAUAAAGGAACAGCAAACUCGUCUCCUGCACUACACCAAACAACUGCAGCAGCAACAGACGCAGCUAGACAACAUACACUCAGAGACACACAAAUGGGAACUGAAACGAGAAGAAUUGCGUUCCACUGCAGAGAGAGAGGAGCUCCAGUACGCUCAGAUAAAGGUCAGGAUUCGUUCAAUUUAUCAACUGAUUGCACCUUACUGGAGAGAGUCUGUGGAUAUUGAGGACCCCUUCAAGCAGCUGCAAUUGAUCCGGAAACAUUUUCAGCUUGUGAGAGCUAUAUCUGAAGAUCGAAAUGUGAUGAAAACUCCUGCAGGUGGAACUGAAGAGAACGACAGGCAGCAGAGAUUGAGAUCCAAGCUCUGAAGAUAUAUGCACUAAAAACAGCCAGACGUGCCUACGCUAAAUAUAAAUCAUCAUCUGGCCUGCCUUAUUAUUGUGCACUGUGAUGGGACGGACAGCAGGGAUACACUGAGAUUAAUAGAUUAUUUUUAUUUGAUUGAUUUUUAUUGAAACUAAAAUGUCUUUAUUUUUGUUAUGAAGGAUCUUCGCAUUAAAACAUUGUUUGAUUAAGAAGUGCAUAAUACAUACAUGCAUACAUAUAUUAAAAUAUAAUAAAUACUUUAAGUAAUAAAACAAAUAAAUAAUAAUAAAAUGACAUUAGCAUAGUAAUUUCUUCCAGUAGGCUAUGAAUUAAAAAAUGAUGUGACUUAAUCACGUGCACACGUCUAGCUCAUUAGUUUUAUUGUGGCAAGCUUUAUCUUCCUAGAAGAACUAAAUGAAUUAAGGGACUGGAGUCUGACAGGAUCAUCUGGACGGGGCUGUGACUCGAACCAAUGCAUGUUCUGGUGAUACAACAUCUGGAAAUGAUUAGGCAGCUGUGAAAGAAAACUGUUGCAACAGGAAGCACAAGGACCUUUUAUGUGUUUUCUCAAUGCAUGUUACUGGUCUUAUUGUGAAUAUAUAUAUAUAUAUAUAUAACUUUCUCUACUUUUCUCUAAUGUCUAGUCAGUGCUGCAGUCAAGCCCAUUACGAUCAGAUCUGCUUUUCACCUUUGACAAGCUGGAAAUCGCUCACAAAUGUGUCACAAUAGUUAUAUUUAUUUAUAAAAUAUAUACAUAUUCA